AUGUCUGAACCCUCAGCUACAGCACCCCCGCCCAACGAGGAGGAGAAGGGCCCCUCCAAGCGUGCCCUUGAAAAAGCCGCGAAAAAGGCUGCUGCAAAGGCAAAAAAGGCCGAGCAUGCCCUGCGACCCAAAGAGCAGGCAAAGCCUAGCGCAAAGAGCGAGCCGACCAGUAUCUUCUCCGAAGGCUGGCUGAAGCGCAUUUACGAAGAGAAGCCUGUCGCAGAAGUCCGCACUCGUUUCCCACCCGAGCCAAAUGGAUUCCUUCACAUUGGACACGCAAAGGCAAUUGCAGUAGACUUUGGUUUCGCAAAGCACCACAAUGGCAAGUGCUAUCUGCGCUACGAUGACACCAACCCCGAGAAGGAAGAUGAGAUCUAUUUCACGGCAAUCCUGGACGUUGUCAAGUGGCUAGGAUUCGAGCCUUGGAAGAUCACCUACAGUAGCGACAAUUUCGACAAGCUGUACGAGCUGGCAGAACAGCUAAUCAACAAAGAUGGCGCAUAUGUCUGCCACUGUUCUCGAGAGGAAAUCAACAACCAGCGUGGCGGACCCGACAACCGCGGCAAACGCUAUGCUUGUGCCCACCGCACGCGACCCAUUGAAGAGUCCAUCACCGAAUUCCAAGCAAUGCGCGACGGCAAAUACAAGGCUGGAGAGGCAUUCCUCCGAAUGAAGCAAAAGUUGACGGAUCCAGACGAGGGCAACCCGCAGAUGUGGGAUCUUCCAGCCUACCGCGUUGUAAAGGAAAAUUACCACCACAGGACAGGCGACAAGUGGAGAAUCUACCCUACAUACGACUUUACCCACUGUAUCUGUGAUGCUCUGGAAGGCAUUACCCAUUCCAUGUGUACUGUCGAAUUCCGCCAGUCCCGUGUUUCUUACGACUGGCUGCUGGAGCAACUGGACAUGAAGAUCCCUAAGUCGGAAGAGAAGGGACCCAUGCAAAGAGAAUUUGGCCGUCUCAGCGUCGGCGGUACGAUUUUGUCGAAGCGACGCAUCCUUCAGCUCGUCGAGGGAACAGAAUUCGAAAAGAAGAAUGCCGAUGGCACAGUUGAGACAAAGAAGAUCCCACCAGCGGUGCGAGGGUGGGAUGAUCCUCGCCUCUUUACCAUGGUCGCUCUCCGUCGCCGCGGUAUUCCAGCCAAGGCUAUGCUCAACUUUGUCGACGAGCUCGGUGUCACAGAUGCACUCUCUGAAAUUGAGCCUCCGCGUUUCGAAGCCUCCAUUAGGAAGCAUCUGGAGCGGACUGUGCCGCGCCAGAUGCUGGUACUUGAUCCCAUCAAAGUCACCAUCGAAGACUUUGCUGCCGAGGACGAGCAGGAGCUUACUGUGCCAUACGACCCAAAGGGCACGAUUCCAGGAGAGCGAAAAGUCAAGGUUGGCAAUGCAGUCUACAUAGAUCGCACUGACUUCAGAGAGGAAGAUAGUGCAGACUACUUCCGUCUGGCACCCAACAAGGCUGUUGGUUUGUACAAUGUGCCAUUUCCGAUUCGCGCUACAUCCUUCUCCAAAGACGAAAAUGGCAAUGUCACCGAGAUCAAAGCAGUCAAAGCCCCAGUCGCUGAGAAGCCAAAAGCGUACAUUCAGUGGGUGGAUGCAGCAACUGCUGUGCCUGUCACUGCACGUCUGUAUAACUCGCUCUUCAAGACCGAGUCACCAAAUACGUUAGACUGGAAAACGGGAGGCUGGGCGGACGAUCUUAACCCGAACUCCGAGAUCAUCUACAGUAAGGCUGUCAUCGAGAAGGGCAUCAGGAACCUCAUCAGUGAGACAUCAUUAGAUUUGAGCGGUUCUUCCGACGCUCUUGUCCGUUUCCAGGCCCUGCGCACGGCCUACUUCUGUGUUGACAUCGAUUCGACGGAGAAUAAUAUUGUGCUCAAUCAGAUUGUGAGUCUUAGAGAAGACAAGGGAAAAUAA